ACGAAAACCAACACGUGUGAUAAAAGUUUGUUGUUGUUUAUUGCAAAAAUCAAAACUAAACCAAAACUUGCUCUUAGUGAAUUAUCAAAUAUGGAAGAGUUAAAAAAAAAACGUAAGUCAGAGUUGGAAAAAAGUUUCGUAAAAAAAUGUAAGGUGUUGAGUGAAAUUUCAACACCUUCCUUUAACGAAAAGAAUAAUGAGAUAUAUCAUCAGCAUCAUGAUUAUUCAUAUGCCAAAAAUGAAAUAAUUGACCUUGUUAAUGAUGAUUGUCUGGCUGCAAUAUUCAUGUAUGUGCCAGCAUGUGAAAGACCAAAAAUUGCAUUGGUAUGUCAAAAAUGGAAAAGAGCCCUUUGUCAAUCUUGGGGUAAUGUCAAAAAACUUGAACUAACUCACUGGAAAUAUGAUAAGAAUCCAACUUGUUUGAAGAAAUAUCUAACACUCGAUGGACAAUUUAGUUUUUUAAAAUCACUGCUUUUUAAAUGUGGCCAUUAUUUAACAGAUUUAGACUUGUCAGCUUAUGGUCAUUGUAACAUAGUACCAGUUAUUAAUGAAUAUUGUCCAAACCUCGUAAAACUUCGAUUGAGAUUUGCCUAUGUUGACAAUAUAAUAUUAUUUGAUGCUUUUUCACGUCUAUCUCAGCUCAAAGUAUUAAAAAUUAUAUUUCAAAAUUUUAAAGAUGAGUUUAUACCUCAUACUUUAAUAUAUUCAUUGAAAAACGUUGCUGACACAUUGACUGAUUUGAUUCUGUCAAAUUGGAAAAAUCACUUGGCAAGUGACCUCUGUUACUUUCCAAAAGAAAUCAUUUGUGUGUUUCGUAAACUAAAGGCCCUGAAAAGACUUGAAAUCGGUGGGAUACGAUUUCACACAGCGUCAGAAGACCAUCUGAAAGAUUAUCGCGUAUCGGAAAAAUAUUUUUAUGACGAAUACAUGAGUAGAAGUUUCCUUAAGACAUAUCAGUUGAUGCAUAUUAAGAAAAUGAAUUUGUUGAAAUUCAAAGUUUCCGAUGAUGGUUUGUACACCAUUGUCAAUACCAUAAAGAACUUAGAAACGUUAUCUAUACAUUGUGAAUUGAUAACUAAUGAUGGUAUAGUAGCCCUUUCAAAGGUAAAUAAGUUAAGAUGUCUUUAUCUUGCCGGACAUAAUGCCGUCAUUGAUUCUUCAUCAAUCUUAUUGCUCAAAAACUUGAUCGACUUAAUGUUACCAUGGAGCAAUAAAAUUACUGAUGAUUCAGCCAGAAAAGUUCUUGAAAAUUCACCAAAGAUGGAAGUGCUCUCUGUUCUAUAUUCAAGUGUAACUAUUGAAUUUUACAAAACAGCAGAAGAAAUAUCAAGAAAUCGGAAUCAACAGUUGACUUUAUGUGUUACAUUAACAACUGAUAAAACUCAAUAUGAAUCACCGUAUUUGAAAAUUCUUCGUUGUAAAAAAGAAAUAACUUGAUUGACAAACUGCGACGAUAACUGACUAUUGAUAUGGAAUAUAUAACAUGAACCCACACCAACCAAUGAUAAUUAUAAUAUCUCACAUAUAGAAUGUUUAUUGCUAAUUGCUAUAGUGACAAAAUAUAAUUUUUUCUGUAAAAUAUUAUUCUAAAAAUGAUAAUAAUUU